AUGUCAACCGUCAAAAGCAUUGUUUUGGCCUUGGCUGUAGCGGCUAGUGCCACCGCCUCCUCUGACUCUAAAGGCCACGCAGGAAGUGAUGUGCUCACCGUCGGUGUUCUUGGCGAUUACGGCUGGACUGGCUGGGAGCCCGCUCCGGUGAACUUCUGCAACAAUGUGAUGCCCCGCCUGAUCGCUAAUAACAUCACUAUUCCUCGCGAGCUCCAGAAUGACUGUGAUGCUGGUGACCGUGGAAACAUCGCUAAUGCCACCGCGGAGCAAAGUAGGUUUAUAUUUACUCACCUUUUUCCAUACGAAUGGGCUCUGCUAACUGAAUGGGCAGCUGCUACCGCAUCUUAUAUCGGCAAGGUUUGCGCCAUGAAGAACUGCAGCGCCAUCGUGUCCGUCGGUGAUAACUUUUACUCAAGCGCCAUUGACUUCACCACUGGCGGUGUUAGUCGCUUUGAAAAAGCUUGGUCCACCAUGUACAAUGGCGGAAUCUUCAACAACACCCGCUGGUACCAAACAUUGGGUAACCACGACAUUGUCAAGGGCCAAGCUGGUGUGGACUUUCAGACCAAGAUAGCCCCCCUAUACGACAGCAGAUGGUAUUUUGGUACUGAGGGACUUCCCUAUUAUACCUAUGACCUGGCUGGCGAGGACUGGAAGGCCACCUUUGCAGUGGUGGACUCGGAUUGUUUCAUCAACGCCUACCAAAAGAACACCUCAGUUUACCAGAACGACUACACCCUAUCCUGCCACAAAGAUAAGCAGGUCCAGGUCGACUUUGUCGAGCAGGCCUUCGCUAAGUCUGAUGCUCAAUGGAAGUUCCUGCAAAUCCACCACGGCUAUGUCUCCUCCAGCACCAACUUCACUGAGCUUUCUCCGUUUGUUGAGAUCGUUGAGAAGUAUAACGGCAUUGUUGUUAAUGGUCACGAUCACUGCCUCGCUCACUAUCACCUUAACAACACCAACUUCAUUCUCACUGGUGGUUCGGGAUACGCUGAGCCCGGAGACUGCAACAACGGCGUUGCCUUGGGCCCCUUUGCAAAGUUCCUUGGUGCCAACUCCCAGGGUGCUGGUAACGGUUUUGUCACCAUGGACAUCAGUAAGAAGUCAGUCAACGUUGAGUACUACGCUCGUGACAUGUCCUAUGAAGGUGGUGACCUAUACCCUGUUAAGAACCAGAUGGAGCCUAUCUACUCGUUCGUUGUCGAUGCUAAGAAUUGA